AUGUCCAAGGCGAGCGCCACCAAGCUCGACCCCGAGGCCCAGGCGGCGCCGCCGCCGGGCAGCCGCCGCCGGCGCUUCGCCGGCGCGGCCGCCGUCGCGCUCGUCCUGCUGUCGCUCGGCGAGCUGCUGCUGCCGCUCCCAGACGUCGGCGCGGCCGACGCGCGCGUCGAGAUCGGCUUCGACGGCAAGGACGUCCUCGUAGACGUGGACGCGCGCCCGCGCGCCGGGCGCGCGUGGCUCCACGAGGUGCGCGUCACGCGCGCCACAUGCGACGUCCGGGCCCAGGCCGCGGGCAGGGCGCUGGAGCGCGUCGCGACCGUCGUCGCGGAGGCCGCGGGCGCGGGCUGGCCCGUCCGCGUCAGGACGGAAGCGCGGGCGAGGCUCGUCGCGCGCGUCCGCGACGUCGACUUCGACGUGGCGCGGCGCCUCGCGUCGUCGAAACUGCUCUACGGCUCCGUAAAGUGCGACGUCGUCGCCGAGACGCAGCUGUACGGCGGCCUCUUCCCCACGACCGCCCAGUCCAACGUCGGGACCGCCUGGGAGCCGACGCGCCUCGCGUCGAAGCAAACGCUCUUCAAGAAGGGGUGGCACGACCUCCGGGCGCUCGCCGGCGUCGCCGCGCUCGUCAAGGACUCGCUCGAGCUCAGCGUCGGCGCGGACGGCGCGCUCGCGGCGCGCUGGACCGAGUCGCGGGCCGCGGUGCGCCUCCCGGCGGGGGUGGAGGCGGUGACCCUGCGCCUGCCGCGCGUCGCCUACGACCUGACGGGCCGCGCCGGCGGCGCGGGCACCCUCGCCUUCGAGGGCGCGGACCUCCGCUUCGCGAGCGACGUUCCGACGCUCCUGGACCUGCCCUUCCGCGCGACCGGCGCCGUCGCCGUCGUCGGCGGCGAGGCGCUCGACGCCAUGUCGACGCGCGUCGUGGCCCUGAACGCGACGGCGGUCGACGCCGACGCGUUCUUCGGUGCGCUCCUCGGGCCGCAGCACGCCGUCGCGCUGCGCUGGUCGCCCGAGUUGUUCACGCGCGACGAGUCGGCCGCCUGCUACGCGGCGAGAUAUGAGGACCUCCGCGACGCCUUCUGCACGGAGGACCGCUGCGACACGCGCGCGCUCCGCCGCCACUACAAGCACUACGGGGCGGCGGAGAAGCGGCUCUGGGGGUGCCGCGCGCCGGCGCGGCGCCUCGCCGCCGCUUUGGAAGGGGCGCCGCCGCGGCGCCUCUCCCAUGUGUCCUGCGUGCCGGACCACUGCAUGACGCUGACCUGGGACGCGGACUACACCUUCACCGGCUGCGUGGGCUUCGAGGGCGAGUUCUGCGCCUCGCUCGAGCGCACGCGCAAGUCGACGAGCGUCGUCUACGACGUCGUCGCGUCGGCGGACGCCGAGUGCUGCGCCGGCGACACGGCGACGGCCGUCGCGCGGCUCACCGCCACGGACCUUCAGGGCGUCGAGAAGUUCUCCGCCGUCGUGGAGGCGACCGGCGAGGCAAGCGACGACAACGCCUACGAGGGCGGCAUGGACGGCGCCGUGCAGCUCACUAUCCUUGCGGACGGCAAAAACGAGCUCGCGGUGGACAUCGGAGGCGACUGGGGCUGGAAGAAGCCCAAGGAGUCUACGGUGCAGGGGUGCACGUGCGAGGGCGAGGAGUGGGUCUAUUCGCCCGGGGAGCCAGAGGACGAGGACGAGGAGGACUACACGUUGCGGGAGGGGCGCUGCUACAAAUACGACGACAUGUCGCAAAUCCGCAGCGACGAGUAUUCGUCUUGGGUAUCAAGCUUUUCGGCCCAAACGUGCUAUGACGCGUGUGUGGGUGCGGAUGAGACGAUGGGGGUCGUCAUCUAUAGGUACGGCAGCGAAGGCUACUGUGGCUGCAGUUACCAGAGUGGAAAAACCUUGUUUCCGGGGGGAGGCGAAAGCGGAAUUCGCGCGCAGGCAAGAGUUCCAACCUAUAUGAUUGGUGGGUGUCGUGUAAGCGACCCACUGGCUCGUCGAUAGCGAUCGAAGACAUGGACUCUUCGAUGGACGACUACGAGUCGUACACAUGCUUCACCGAGGACUUCGACGCUUCGGGGUAUGAGAAUUGCUGGGGGGCCUUCGACGCGUCGAGCUUGUACCUGGAAGGCAAGUUCCAGCGGGCUACGAACAGCAGGCGCGUGACGACGGAUGCCCAGCAAGAUCUUUCGCCAUUCUAUUACGACUGGGACUAUACUUAUCCUAAUUGGUUGUACCACAGCUUCCCAGGCUGGUGCGCCACGGACUCGUCGUCGUGCGGCUUCUGCGACGGCACGAUCGCGGACGGCAAGUGCUGGGACUGGACCGCGAAACGGGGGGUUGAAAACCCGGACACCGACGAGCUCAGCGCCGCGACGACCAUGUCGCUGCGUGUCGGCGACGAGGACGCCGUCGACAUGACGCUGGGCGCCGAGGCGACGUGGGGCAAGGAGCAUGACGAAGACUUCGCGAUGAGCGCGACCUUCGGCUUCGACGAGAUCAACGCCACGCUGGCGACGGUCUUCGACGUGCGCGAGGAGUCUAACGAGGGUGACGUCGAGAUGAGCUUCACGGUCACCGACGGCGCGGCGGAGCGGUUCGCCGUCGCCCUGGCGCUGGCAGGCGCCACGGACGAGCCCUCGGCCCGCACCGCGAGCGGCGGCGGCGGCCUCAGCGGCUCGGCGACCCUGGCGAUGCGCGUCGACGGCGAGCAGGUCUUCGAAAUCAUGCUAUCGAGUGCGAUCCGGACGGACCACGACUUCUACGUGGAGCUGCGCGUCGAGGACGACGCCGCCGAACGGUUCUUCGUCGACGGGAAGCUCGACUACGACGAACCCGGCGACGAGGACAAAACCCUGUGGGCGCAGCUCGUGGCGCGCGUCGACGGCGAGAACAGCGUCGACGGCGAGCUCGACGCGGCCGCGAAGUGGGGCGACGCCUCGGCGCACCGGUUCGAGGGCGACGCUACGGUCACGCGCGCGGCGCAGCGCCUCGGCGGCGCCACCGAGGAGCUGCUCUACGUCGCGGGCACGUGGGAUCACGCCAAGGGCGCCGACGCCGGAUCGGUGGCGCUCGACCUCCGAGACCGCGGGGAGGCCUUCGACGGGACCGUGUCGUACGGCUGGACCGAGGUCGACGAAUGGCGCGUUGCGGAAGACGUGGAGCUCAAGGUCGUCGUCACCGAGGACACGGGCGCCGAGACGUUCUACGCGGCCAUGACGGCCAACGGCGAGGCCGACGACGGCGUCGGCAGCGGCUCGGCGGCCCUCGAGGUCCGCGUCACGAGCGACGGCGUCCAGGAGUUCUCCCUCGCCACGACGAUGGAAGGCUCGGCCGAUUUAAGCGAGGGAAACGAGGGCAGGCUGACCGGCGCCAUGGAACUCCACAUCGCGGUUGAGGGCGACGACGCGUUCGCGGCGGAACUUGGGGGCGACGCGGCCUGGACGCCGCCCGAGGAGUCUACGGUGCAGGGCUGCACGUGCACGGACGAGGAGUGGGUCUAUUCGCCCGGGGAGGAGCCCGAGGACGACGAGGACUAUACGUUGCGGGAGGACCACUGCUACCCAAAAGGGUUCGGGUUCAUCUCGGAAAUUCACGCCGAAGAAGACUGGAGUUAUUACAUGGAUUACUUCGACCCAAACUUCGGCCCUCAAGGGUGCCUCGAUAUGUGUGCGGACGCGCCCGGGAUGAUGAUGGCCGUCUACACCAGCUACUACGACGAAUGUUAUUGCAUGAAAGACUACAGUACCAGCUACGACCAGUGGAAUUAUUCGUGUAAGCGACCCACCAGUGAGUCGACGGCAAUCGAAGACAUGAACAGUCAGAACCAGUACGCGGAGUACUACUGCUUCACCAAGGACUUCGACGCGUCAUUUUUUUCGCGAGAUUGCGAUUAUUCCUAUGAGCCCAACUUGUACUGGGAAAACGACUUCCAGGGCCCUACGGACGACAUUCGCGUGACGACGGAUGCCCAGAUGGAUCUUGCGCCAGUCCAUUUCAAUUGGGACUAUUGGUACGGCUACGACUUCCCGCGCUGGUGCGCCACGGACUCGUCGUCGUGCGGCUUCUGCGACGGCACGAUCGCGGACGGCAAGUGCUGGGACUGGACCGAGGACCAGGACGAGCCGGGCGUCGACGCCGUCGAGGCCUCGAUGACGAUGAAGCUCAGCGCGCCGGAAAGCUCCGGCGAGCCGCUCGAGGAGGUUUUUGGCGUCGCGGCCGGCCUCGGCGCAUGCCUGCAGUUCGACGACAGCAGGGGCUGCCGCGCCGCGCGCGGCGGAAUGCUGGAGGCGACGCUGAGCGUGGCGGCGGACGGCGACGACGUCUUCUCGAUCGCGGGGGCCGCGGACGCGCCGGAAGACGUCACGGGCGUCGGCCGCACGUGCUUCUACACGGCCUUCGACGCGGACAUGCGCGGCUUCGGCAGCGAGGACAUGUACGGUGACAUGAGCAUGGGCCUGGCCUUCGACGACUUCACCUGGUUCGGCGCCCCGCUCGCGGAGAGCGAGGCGUCCAUGGCGAUGACCGGCGCGGGCAGCGAGGGCUUCACCGUGAGCACCUGGGACGGUGACGCGGCGCAGGGCACGCUGGUCCGCGCCGACUGCGACGCCGUCGUCGACCUCGACCUGAGCCUGUUCGUGGCGAGCCCCGAGAAGCAAGCAGACAACGUGAUCGCGGGCGCCGCGACGUUCUCGGGCAUCACGGCCGCCGACGCGGACACGGCCGCGGCCCGCGCCGUCUUCCGGGACGCCAUCGCGCGCGUCGCCGGCGUCGACAAGGACCAGGUGCGCAUCCUGAGCGUGUCCGCCGCCGCGGCCGCGCGGCGGCGCCUGACGGAAUCCGUGACCGUCGAGUUCGAGGUCCGUCCCCGCGGCCGCGAGGCCGCCAGCGUGAGCGCCAACCUCCUGGCCGCCGAGGCGGACCCGACGAUCGUGGACGCGGCCCUCCAGGCGGCCGCCGCGGACAGCGACGACGAGACGAUGGUGGCCCUCUUCGCCGGCGUCAAGACGGAGAGCUUCACCACCGACGUCGAGCGGUCCGCGCCCAAGAAGAAGAAGAAGCGCGGCGAGGACCUCGCGCUCUACGCGAUCCUGCUCAUCGCCGCGGCGUGCCUCUGCUUUUGCGCGUGCGGCCUCACGGCGCUGGCCGUCCUCUACCUGCGGCGCGGGGGCGCCGCGGCGCCGCCGGCGGUCUGCGCGUCGUGCGGCGCGCCGCUCGCCGCGGGCGAGAAAUUCUGCGCGGCGUGCGGCGCCGCCGCCAAGGGCCCGCUGGAGCUCAAGUCUGUCAAGGCCGAAGCGACGGUGUGA